GCAAAUGACGUGACAUUGUAAACAGUUCGAGAAGUGGAGGGAAACUUGCUAUACUGACACUGGAGGGCGUGUCAAUAAUACCUAUUUUACGAUAGUCUGUGCUGAUUAUUCAUGUCAAACCGUGGCGAUGGUGUUACCACACUGCAGAUGUGGACAUCCGAUACAUCUGGACAAAGUGGACCAUCUUGUUGCUGUCUGAGGACUUGCAGAUAAGCAUCCAGAUGAAAUUACCACCAAGAGCAAAGUUGUCAUCCUAGUCUGCCAUUCCUUCCACCAACACCAUCACCAUGCUGCAUGACCUGCUGGCAGCCAUGAAGGGCCAUGGAGGGGGCAUCUUUGUAUGGCGAGGCAGCAAGUUUAAGGUGAAUAAUGAUCUUGGGUUGCUGCAUCCUUGUGAAGUGGCUAUUGUGGAGGAGAUAAUGGAUGUGGCCACAGACUUCAAAAAGAUCACCUCCUUCUGUGAUGCUCAUGAUGGGGGAGGUGUGGAGACUGGUGAUCAUCAUGGUGGAAUCUAUCUUUCUUCACUGUCUGCUGCACUGCGAGCCACUGCCACCACCACCUUCCAUCGCACUGUGCUAGAGCUGGAAGAGAAAUUGCUGUUUGACCCUGAGUUACCUUUGACAACUGCUCUGGUGGCCGUCCGCCCGCUUGGCCCAACUCUGGCCACUCUUGCUACCCUAGUCACUCAGAUUGAAGAAAAACACUUGCAUGGAUGCCAGAUACUGGAGGACAGUGCACAAACUCAUAGCACUCUCAGUAGGCCAGGUGAAAGAAGUACUGAGCAGGAUAGAGCAGAAAGUCCAUGCAGUCUUGUACCAUCAGCUUACUCUUUGGCUCCUGCAAUGGCCUCCUUCUAGAUCCCCACCAGGAGUUCUUCAUUUCCACAUGUGCUUCCUCCCCAUCCUCCUCAGCCAACACCACCAUGA